CCUGUUAACGCUAUCCCCUACCUGGCUGCGCUGUGCUCGCCGCGUGUGAAAGGAUCUGAGAGAAAUGUCGAACUGCAUUUCUUUUCACUCUCAGUUAGCCUCCAUCAUGGAAGUAUUGUCUAAAGCGGCCGUGGCAGAAAUUACCAAACUGGUGGACGAUGGCUCUGCCGUUCUGCGUUUGGAGGUGUGCAGGAGCCAGAAAGAAAACGCGGCGCUAAAGAGGAGGUUGCAGCUGAUGGAGAAAGAACUGCGGGCUGCCCGGGGAUGCAGAGACCGGGCGCAGGAGGGCUCCGUAAACAUCUCUCUGGAAGUUCAGGUUUGCGACGAAUCCGGGGGAGCAGAAGAGCUUCCAGAGAAGGGAAACCGUCCCGCCGUGGAGGCAGUGUGUGACGGGCCAUUGAGCUCUGGCUUGACCUGCGAUGGCGAGACUGCCCCUGGGAAUAAGGAGGAAACUCCGUCACAGAUCGUGGCCUUAAAAUACGAGUCAACAGACGUGGACCAGGAUUGGCCCGAGUCGCACAUGCUCAGUGAGGAGAGGCGUCAGAGCACUUUGGAGAGGAGCCGCUCACAGGCGAAGCACAGGAUUGGGGGGGAACUUCAGUGGGGUGUUUCACAGCCCUCUGCUGCCCACGGUGUUGAAGAGGCUGCCUCUGAGCCAUGGCAUAGUGAGGAAGAGCUGGACACAAAGCCCACCCCUGCAGAAGACCCAGGGCAGCUGGGUGCAGCGUACAGGCCAGAAGAGUUCAGAGGCCUGGAGGCAACGCUCAAGCAACAGCCAGACCUCUGCACCCAGAGUCUCCACCAGGCAGGGGCUGCCACGGGCCUCCGGCUGCAGUCAGUGUGGAGCAAGCACUCCCAGAGGACUCAGCAAGACAUCUCAGCAGAGCACGGGUUGGCUGUUUGCUCUCCAGAUGAGAGCGAAGAGGGCACCCCAUUUGAUGCUUUUAAAACGCAUGAAAGUGAUCACACUGCAGCGAGACUGUACGCUUGCACACAAUGUGGAAAACGCUUUCGCUACAAAGGUAAUCUUAAAAUCCACCAGCGUGUUCACACAGGAGAGAAACCUUUUACUUGCAUGCAGUGUGGCAAGUGUUUCUCUCAGAUCAGUAAUCUUAAAACACACCAGAUCAUUCACACAGGUGAGAAAUCCUACAGUUGCACAGACUGUGGGAAGAGGUUUGCUCAUCUUUGUAAUCUUAAAACGCACCAGAGGGUUCACACAGGAGAAAAACCAUUCACAUGCACACAGUGUGGCAAGAGCUUCUCUCAGAGUCAUGUUCUGCAAAAACAUGUGCUUACUCACUCUGGUGAUUAAGAAUUAGAAUCUGGAAAUACUUUAAAAGAUGUUGAUUUUACUGUUUCUUUUGUGCCACGUUCAUGUGCCGCAGGCAAGCUCA